CCCCGCCGCCAGCCGCCCACGGGCCACAGGACCCUCCUCUAACCCGGGCGUGCGGCAGGCAGGCAGGCAGGCAGGAGUGCGCGAUGCCGGGCCAGGCGCUGCUGUGCUGCCUGGUGGCCGCGGCGGGGCUGCUGGCGGCGCUCAGCGCGGCCGGCACCGUCUUCCUGCUGGGCCAGUGGCGGGAGCUGAGCGCCGCCGUCCGCCAGCUGCAGGAGGAGGCGGCGGCGCCGGUGCCGGAGCCGGCCAGCGCCCUCCGGACUCACGCCGAGCCCAGCGCCCCGCCGCCGGACACCACCGGGAGGACCAAGCGGAGCCAGCGGGGGCGCGCCUGCGCCAAGCUGCGCCUGGAGCACGACGACGCCUUCCUGCUGCUCAGCCGCUCCGUGGUGCCGGUCCGGGUGAUGUUGGAGCUCUGCAACGACACCAAAGGUGUGUGCUUAACAGGGCCCCCAGGAUUACCAGGCCCACCUGGUCUGGAUGGGAUGCCUGGUUUUAAUGGAUCCGAUGGGUUUCCUGGUGUUCCUGGGCCGAAGGGAGAACCCGGAAGACGAGGGAAAUCAGGACCAAAAGGAGACCCUGGAGAGAAAGGAGAAAAAGGCGAUCCCGGGGAAAUUGGCUUACCUGGGAAAAACGGGACGCUGGGAGAAAAAGGGUCACGAGGCGCCAAGGGAGAUAAAGGGGAUGCGAGCAAUGAUCUCACAGCAGAAGGCGCGAGAGGCGAGCCAGGGCCUCCGGGGGCCCCCGGCCCCCCAGGGCCUCCGGGGCCUCCGGGGCCACCAGGGAAACGAAAAGCAAAACCCCAAGUGGAAGAGAACACGUUCAAUGCCAAGUGUGUAGGGGAGACCUGUGCUGUUCCAAAUGACGACACUCUGGUCGAAAAAGCCGAAGAUAAGGCCAACCUCUAUCACCACAAAAAUUCAGAAUGCAUCGUCAAGUCCGUCGGAAGCCCGGUCGAGAUUAAGAACAUGAAAGAGACUUUUGGGGUGUGGAUGGUGGAUCCGGCCAAUCACAGCGAUGAGCGGAUUUGGAUGACGGAACAUUUCACAGGUAUUGAAGUGUCACUAGAGGAUAUAGGGAACGUUCUUGGGACAGGGCAUCUCAAAGCAUUUGAACAGGAUUUUACUGUUACAAAUCCUACUGAGUUCACAUGUGAUACCCACUGUGGACAGAACAGGUGUGUCCUUUCCCCAGGAGGUAUUAUGGAAUUGUGCAGGUGA